AUGGUUGGAGGUAUGGCACAAGGUUAUGCAGUCGCAUCGAGCGACGGAGGACACAAGACCACUGUUACCGAAGAUUGGGUUCUCAAGCGUCAUGGAAAUAUCAACUGGCCCAACGUGCUCAACUUUGGAUCAGUUUCCCUAUACGACUUCACCAUCAUCUGCAAGCAGGUUACGACCGCAUACUACGGCAAGCCUCCAGAAUAUUCUUAUUUCACCGGCUACUCAACCGGAGGCCGACAGGCUCUGGCACUGGCUCAACGCUGGCCUGGACUGUACGACGGAAUUCUGUCGGGUGCUCCCGGUAUUAACUACGCCGAGCUGGCCACUUGGAUCUCGUACCCGCAGCUCAUCAUGAACUGGUUAGGAGAGUAUCCUCAACUUUGCGAGACCGCGGCUAUAACUCAGGCAGCCAUUGAAGCUUGCGAUCAUCUGGAUGGUGCCGUUGACGGCAUCAGAUCCAAUUCGAAAGACUGCGGGUUUGACCCUCGUAAAGUUGUCAACACCACCGUAUUCUGCGAGGAGAGCGGCAUAGAUACGCAAAUCUCUACUAGCGCUGCAAAGGUAGCCCUGGCUGCGUGGACCGGAGCGCGAUCCAUCAAUGGGACAUUUCUCUGGCAUGGUCUGGCCAAAGAUGCCCCUCUGUCAGGUCUCGCCAACACCACCUGCGAUUAUCAAGGCUCUGGAGAAUGCUCCGGAGUUCCAUAUGCCAUUGCUAAAGACUGGAUCCAGUACUUCAUCUACAAAGACCGAUCCUUCGACUUCAACAAUGUCACUCAUGAACAAUAUGGCAAAAUAUUCCACAUGGCACUUCAACAGUAUACCUCACCCCUAGGAACUAGCGAUCCGGAUGUCCGUGGGGUUAAAGAGAAUGGAGGUAAAAUCCUCAUGUGGCAUGGGGUUGCCGACUAG